GUUUUGUAAAUACAAUCAACUCGUUUUGUGCCUUUGUCAAUAUUCCUUCUACAAUCACUGGGUAAGAAUGUUGUGUUGCUUGUUCAGCUCUGAUAGAAGAGGACAAUCCGGGUUCCCCUCGUUGUUGUAACGCUUGGUACUUCUAUGGUGCCUUAGACUGUUCACAUCUGUAAGUAGUACGUCAAGAACCACCUUAGCUCAAAAAUCGUUGUCCAAAAAGUGCAUAUUAAGCUGCUAUAAAAGGAGGUAACUCAAAAAGAUGGCGCACUCUCUAGCGUAUGAGAUCAAGAAGAUUAACGAGCUGAACGAAGCGGAGCUCGCAAAGGGUCAGUUUGAUCUGAAGGUCUCAUGGCACCGCGAGUUCCGCGACUCAGCGUACAUUCGGGUGGACCACGUGCACGCGCAACUGACGGAGGGGGAUUUAGUGGUGGUCUUUUCACAGUUCGGGGAGAUCGCGGAUGUGCGGUUGAUUCGGGACCAGGAGACCGGCAAGAGCCGUGGUUUCUGUUUCAUCUGUUACGAAGAUACGCGCAGCGCGGUGUAUGCGGUGGAUAACAUGAACGGGUAUUGCUUAUGCGGCAAGCACAUGAAGGUGAUGCACGUCCUCAAAUACGAAGUGCCGAUCUUACUCGACGAGACGCAAGUAGACGAGGACGGAAAUUACGUGCAGCUGGAAUACAAGCCGACGGGUCCCGAGGGCUACGGGGUGGGCGUCACGCAGCAACUCCCGUCUGUGAAAACAUCUUCAUCAAAUGUCGUUGCGGAUGGCAAAAAGGAUAAGAAAGACCGAAAAAAGGAUGGUGGAGGUGAUAAAACUAGUACCAGUAGAAUGCUCACCAACGGAGGCUCCGCUUCAUCCAAGCAGAAUAAGAUGCAUGCACCUCCUGGAACCGUUGGCAUGGACGAGGAUGACGAGGAUUUGGCGGCCUUCGAGCAGCAUAUGGAGGACUCGAAAGUAGCGGAAAAAGAACGUGCAGAAAAACGGGAGCUCGCAAAAGAAAAGGACCGUCUAAAAAAGAAGGAGAAGAAACGAAAGAAGCGCGAAAAGAAGGAACGGAAAAAAGAAAAGAAAGCUGCUAAGAAACAGGCCAAACGUGAAGAGCGAGAACGCCGUGAGAACGCAGAGGGCACGCGCGGCAACAAAAACACCGCGUCUGCCCUUUUAGGUCUGAUGCGAAAGGGCAAGGCCCCAACAAAUGCGCCAGGAGGUGCUGCUUCACGAACAGUAGCUACCACAAACGAGGAAGCAUCUACUGCUCGGGAAAAAUCAAAUCAAAAGAAUAGUAUGGCAGACAAGGAGCAGAGUGAGGGUGAGUCAUCGUCCUCAUCGUCGUCAGAAAAUGACGACGAUCCUUCGAGUAGCGAAGGCGAUGAUGCGAUAGGCGAAUCAGGCAGAAGACCAAACGAUAACACAUCGACGAAUCGACGAGCAAGAUCACGGGAGAGACGUCGAUGAAAUUCAUUUACCAAUUACAGUCUCUCUUGUGUUGUGAAUGUUAUUGAACUACGACAUAUUUUCCAUACAACGUCGUUUCAGUCCAAUCUACCCUCCCCUUCAGAUCCUCCUGUCCCCCAACGACGAGUUCCUAGUAUAUCCGUGUCUUCGACAAAAGGUUCUUGUUCAAGAACGUGAAAGAAAAAUUAGGAGAAGAUUUUUUUCUAUGGUGUUCUUCAAAAUCAAGCUGAGGUGGUUCUCCUUAGAUUCACACGGCCACCGGCACUUCAUUUCCAUCCGCGUAAUUAGAGCGGAGUGAAAAGGUGGAGUUCAGAAUUAUGUUUUUUGUAGUGUUUUAGACUUACUUAUCUCCAAUGUCCACAACAAGCGGGAUCAACGAGGCGGAAGAUGAGAACGAUGGACUGACCGAAUGGCAGACGAGGAACCACACUGGAUAAGCAAAACCUAGGGUCAGAAUCUUAUUUAAAAUGUUGACCCGGGUUAGGAAGGGUGAGUGGGUACUUAUUUGAUUUUUGGUUUCCAGUUCUGCGUCUGGAAAAAAAUGGAAGUAGCGGCUGCGUCUGCGGCAUUUCAACAAAUAUUUGAAAUGUUGAUCGAUCAUUCAACACCACACGACCACGAGGUACUAAUUACUUAGCUGCGCAUGAUUACGAUUACGAAGCGCGCAAGAGUUUUAUGGGAAAAUACAGAUUGAAGACCUGCUCCACCGUUUCCGUCGUGCAAUGCCACCAUCAUCGGAGCGAUUGCUUUUGGAGAAGGAUGUGGUGGAAGAUUCCGCGGGACAAGAUCGCAAAGCACUUGCGCUCUUCGCCGUUGUGGCAGUGGUCGUAGUUUUUAUCUUAUCAGAGUCAGGCGUUUUAUCUUAGGCCCAUUUUUGUUCAGAGCAUGGAUCGUUUUGAUUGCUGUACAGGUUUGAAGGGACACUUGCGUGUUGUUCCUCGAAAAAAAAAUCUCUAGUGGAUAAUCAAUUCUCACGCGUUAGACUUAGAUUUGGGGUUCAACCUAGUUGUAAAGUAAUUGCAUAGC